CUCUCAAUAAUUUUCUGUGUUAAUCAGGUUGUCGGUGAUAAUGAUGUUCAGAGCAUUGUAAUGUCAUAUCUUUUGCACAACUGCUUCAACGAAACGGCGGACUCACUUGCGUCUUGUACUGGAAUGAAGCAACCCGCAAUCGAUCGUGAUAACAUGGAGAGAAGAAAACAAAUAAUACAUUUUAUACUGGAGAGGAAGGCGCUGAAGGCUGUCGAACUAACUGAACAACUAGCACAAGACUUGCUUGAGAAAAACAAGGAUUUGCACUUCGAUCUACUAUGCCUUCAUUUUGUGGAGCUAGUCUGUGUUGGGAAGUGCACAGAAGCUCUUGAAUUUGCUCAGACAAGAUUGGCUCCUUUUGGGAAGGUCCAAAAAUAUGUAGAAAAGCUUGAAGACGUAAUGGCUUUGCUGGCUUAUGAAGACCCUGAGAAAUCCCCAAUGUUCCAUCUUUUGAGCUCUGAAUACCGACAACAGGUUGCCGAUAAUCUGAACCGCACAAUUCUUGAACACGCAAACCAUCCAAGCUACACACCAAUGGAAAGGCUCAUACAACAGAUGACAGUCACGAGACAGUACUUGACGGAGGAGAAUGGCAAAGAUGCGUUUCCUCCAUUCUCUUUGAAAGAUUCUCUCAAAGGCUAA